AUGGCGGACGCGACGCAAGGCGCCGCCAUCCACUUGGCUGGCAGCCACGAGCCGCGGGAGGGUCAGGAUGGCGUAGAAAAGGAUUUCCCGCUUCAUGAUGGAGGCACACAGCAGAAAGCUGUCGACGAACUGGCUUCGUCAAAAUCAGAGCGAGAGACAGAGAAAAACCAUCGCGACGUUCUUUGCCUGUCUGCCACUCCCUCGGUUUCCUGCCCUGCCGCAUCCUCCUCCUCUUCAUCUCCAUGUCCCUCUGCAGCUCCUUGUUUUUCCCCAUGUUUGACACCGCCUUCUGCGUCGUCGGUCUCUGUAGCAGCUCCUGGUCCUGCAGCUCCCUUGUCCGCGCCUCCUCAGCAAUCCGGAGCUCCUACAGCCUCUUCGAAGAGCUCGGCUCCCCCGCCUGUAGGCUCUCAGGCUGCUCCCAACAGCGCUUCGGCCUCGGCGUCUUGCGCAUCGUCGGCUGAAGUUCCUGUUUCUCACACGCCUCCUUCGUUGGCUCCCCCUCCACGGAUGAUUUUUCCUUCUGCAGAGUUGAACACGGCAUCGCCGCCACCUCCUGCAACGCUGCUAGGCUUCGUUCCAGCUUGGGGUUCCUCCGGCAGUGUCGGCUUCCUGCGUGCUCCGCCCCCUCUGGCGCCGCGCGCGUGGUCCGGAGGCGCGGCCGCGGUCGCUCAGGAGCCGCUGCCAAUGCUGCGCCCUGCCUCCAGUUUAGGAGGAGAGAAAAGAGGAACGGAGGCGCUUUCUUCUUCGCUUGCCUCUCCUCCGCCUGACGCGCAUGCGCAGCCUAAAGCGUCCAAGCGACGACGACGAAACGCAGCCUCCUGCGCGUCGCGGACGCCCGCGGGUGCGCCUUCUUCUUCUCCGCCGUUAUCGCCCUCCACUCCGCAGCUGCUGGCCUCGCCGUCUAAGCAGGAAGACGAUCCGCCCAGGACUGCCAAACGCGGGAAGACAGAGGCGAAAGGGGGGACGAAAAAGGCCGCGAAGGAGGGGUCUGCGGGGAAGAACCCCUCCGGGCAAAAGACGCCCCAGCGGCAGGUCCCGUCGCAUCUGUCUCCUCCUACCUCGCCUCCUGUUGCACAGAGCCCAGGCGUCGGCGCGACCCAGCCGGAGGCGUCUCGGCGUCUACCGCGAGCGUGCACCUCUGUCCCCUUGGGCGAGAAGGCGAAAGGUGACGACGCCGCCGGAGGUGACGCCUGUCAUCAGUCGUUUUUACUUCAUUCAGGCCAGCAACUUGAAGCUGCGGCGGAGCUCAUCCCGCGAAGACGAGGGAAACCGUUCGCGGAGGAGGCGAACGCGGAAGACGUCAACAGUGAUCCCUUGUCCGGGGGCGAUGUCGCACGACAUCAACUUCUUCUUCAGCUCCGCGACAAGCUCGCAAGCGCCGCCAUCCAGACGCGCAACUCGUCUGCUGUCCCCUGUCUGUCGGCGUCGGUUUUCCUGACCUCAUCGCGUAGCGGCGCCUGCUCUUCAUGUUUUUCGGAGACUCCUGCAGGUCCCCUGAGGAGCGGCGCAGCUGCCAGUACGGGCGCAGGGCAAACGGACUGCCCGCAGGGUCCCUCGCGCGCGCCCGGGAAGGGCGACGGAGCUAUUGGGGUACAGGGGGCUCGGUCGGAGGGCCACCCCGCGGACAGGCUGAUCUCUCAGCCUCUCCCAGCUUUUCUCUCGAUCGCGCAUCUUUUUCAGCAGUUCGACAGGCUCCGGCAAGACGCGAGCGCUGGGCAGAGCGACCCCAAAAGAAACGUGGAAAUCCUGAGUCCUGCGUUCCUUCUGUCACUCCUUUCCAAGGAGGCUUUGUCCGCUACGAGCGCGGCGGCGGCUGCCGGUUUCCCCCAGAAAGACUCAGAAUGCGAGAGAGCAGGAACGAGCAACUGUUCCAAACUCCCUUCCGCUCGCUGUCCUUCGCAGCAGGUCCCGGCACCGGACGAGACGAUCUCUGGAGCCUCCGCCAGCUGUCGCGCAGCCCAGGGCGUCUCUGGGGCCGUCAAGGCGAGAGUCGCAGGGCCUAAGAGCGGGUCACGAAACCCCACCAAAGGCACCGGCGAGGCGAAUGCGAACCUGCGCUCUCGUCUUCACGCCCUGGAGAUGUCCCAGUCGCUCGCAGCUGGCAGCUCAGGCAGUCCGCAAAUGACGUCCCCCUCGCAGCCAGCAGAGCGAACUCUCAGCUCUGUUCAGAGUCCGGAACACGUGACACGGACUGCGGGCGCCUCAAGUGAACAGGCUUCCAGGGAUGCGGCGGCAGCAUGCGGAGGCCGCCGCCCUAAACGUCCCAGUCUGAGCUCGUGCACGCUUUCCGCCGGCGGCCCCGCUGCCCCCGACCUGGUGGAUCAGCGCCUGCCCGUGGACGAAAAUGUCUCUCCGCCUGGCGCAGCCGUCGGCACAGCCCUCUGGGUGAACGACGCGGGAGCGGACAGGAGUCGCCCGGCGAACGCGACGGAUGGCGGGCUGUCGCUCCCGUCCGCAGGCUUCCUUCCUGGAAAGAACACGGCCGAGAGCGGGGUGGACGCAAACGCGCUCGGCCAAAGGGGACGUGGGGGGACGCGGAAGGGCUCGAAGGAGGAGACGGGAGGCGACAAGCUACGCGGCGGUGAGGCUGAAGGCGAAGCCCGCGGCGGAGAUCCGGUGAAAGUCGCGUCACUACCUGGCGGUGUCGCUGGCAGUGCCGCCUCCUCGACUGGAGAAGAGGCGCGGAGACCGUUGGGCGCGGGCGCCGCCGCGGAGCCUCAGCAGAAAGACUGGAGCCGCGAUGCCAAGAGAGAAAAGGCCACGCGAGCGUCGCUAAAAACUGCAGGCGGCCACGGCGCGUCACUUCCGUCUUCGCGUUCUCGCGGAGCCUCAAAAUCGCAUGCAAAGAAAGAUCCGUUGACGCAGCGCAGUGGCGCGCCUCCUGCCUCUGCGCCGGCGCCUCCUGGGGCCACAGCGGUGGUGUAUCAAACGGACUUGGGCUCGCUGUCCGCGGUCGACCCAGUGGCGCUCACUGCCGGCUGUGGCGCGUCCAAUGGCACCUUCACCUGCUGUCGGAGGAAGCUGUUUUGUGACCACGACAUCUUCGGGCUCCUCGCCGCCUUCGGGCACGCUGCCGCCAUGACUGGCGACGGGACCCGUGGAGGCGACACGUGUCUCCUCCGCACCGGCGAGGUACCUGGUUCGUCCGGCUCCCCGCCCUCAGCACGCACGAGCCCGUGGGUGCCGCGCGGCGCUCCAGCGAACCACGCCUUGCCGUCGGUGGAAGGCGACGGCGAACACGCGAAAUGCGAGGCCUCGAAGGAGACGCUCAGCAGCGAAAAAAGCGAGUCUGAGCCGGGCGAGAACAGGCGCCACACCGGCGCAAAGGGGGUCCCGGCUACUCACAUGCGGCCAGGGGAUUUCGCAUCUCUGAGGGCUCGAAGCCACGACGAAGAACUCUGGAGGCCAAGAUUGGUUGACCUGCUGCACGCCGGCGAAGGCGAACGAGACGGCGACGAAUGGAGGGCGCGAGACGUUCUGUCCUUUGUGUUGUGGCGUGAGGAUGCCAAGCAGGUAGAGGCGUGCGACGGGCGCGGCUCUCUCGACUCGCAGAGGGAACGAGCGGAAACCCACGAGGACGACAGCGAAGACGACUUGAGAAGCGGCUCAGACAACGACUGGGAGGACGGCGAUCCGUUUGCGUGGCUGGAGUCUGAAGACAAGACUGAGCCGCCGCUCGAAGAACUUCGCACGGAUAUAUGCAGUCUGCUGAGAACGUUUUUCUACUUCCUUCACGACUUCGUGGAGGGGCUGCGCCCCGAGCUCCUGCAGGCCUACCGCGAGCACUUUGCGUUUCUGAGCUCCGCGACGAAGGUGUCACACCUGCGGAUCUACGAGCCUGUCCUCUGGCGCCUUAAGUGCCGCCCCGCCAGCCUGUGGACGCGCUUGAGCAUCCAGCUGACGUUCGCCGAAUUGGAAGCCCUGCGGGAGCUUCACAGCCACCGCCGGUCUACAUGCAACGCUCUGCUGACGCACGCGGUUCUUUCGACCCUCUUCAAUCCGCCGUUUGCUGCGCCUCCGACUCGAGCAGACACAAUGGCUCGUUCCGAGUCGACACACUCCCCGUUCGCGUUUGCCUUCGCGACGUCGGCACCUAGGUGUCCGUCGCAGAGUUCGUCGUCCUCGACUUCGCCUUCGCUCUCCUCCUUGUCGGUCUGUUCUGCCUCUGGCGCUCUGUCGCAGUUGCUCGAGCCCCUCUCGUUUCCGCAAGUCCGUUCGCCCUCGCCUUGUUCCCGGGUCCUCUCAUCAUCGGCGGGGUCGCCCGCCCCUGCGGAUCGCCUCCGUCCCCACGCGCCGAAAGAGUCGGCCUCUUUUGGCUCCAGUGCCGCCCCUUUGCCUGCGCCACAACCGCUUGAGGAGAAGCUAGAAAGUCCACGAACGGUGGCGAAGCGACAGGAGCACUCGCGGUCGCCGACCGACGUCGCGAGGGACGAUACCGUCGCGGCCGCAGCGGUUGGGCUCCAGACCCGCCCGCUCCCACGUGUCGCCGCCGCGGGGGCGCUGCAGCCUCCGGCAGUGACUUUCGGCCAGAGCGUGGGAGGAAUGAAUCAGGCAGGAACAGGAGUAGCAGUCAAAACUAAAGACGACGGAGAGGCCACAGCAUCCGUAGCACCUCCCAAGCCGGCAGCCAGCUUGCAGAGCACGGCGACGGAUGGAGCCCUUGCCGCGUCUUCACUUGUGCGCACGGGCGAAGGCGUCUCUGGGCUGCAAAACGGUGCCGUGACAGAGUCGCGUUCGCCAGGUUCCUCCAGCGAAGCAGCGACGAAUCUCGCUCACGAAAUCGAUCCCGCAUCGCUCUGUGCCGCGCGUCGUCUGCCUGGCUCUGGCUGUGCAGCAGGUGCCCCCCCCUGA